UCACCUUUGGACUUACAAACAGAAAGGGAGCCGUUGUCUGUCCGUCAGAGCAACAUGUGAUUACCAGAGAUGCUUGGUAAAAGCUGCAAGAUUGUUCUAACAGCAGUGAGGCCUCAUGGACAUUAAAAUGAUUUCUUAAGGAGUAAGGACUGUAGAGUAAUGCAAUGGCACUCGGGCACGGCUCAAAAAAAUCAAUUUCAUGUGACCAGGGGGUCACUCCUGCUGCUCUGGACAAUGAGAUUGGAGCUGCCACACAAGCUGUGGUUCGCCCAGCCAGGAAGACUCGGUCCUGUAAAUGUCUCCUUGCCUUCCUCAUCAUCCUCAUCCUCCUCCUUAUAGCUGCAGGAGCCACGCUGGCCUGGUAUUUUCUGGAGUACAAGGUUUGGGUGUUAGAGGCUCGUGUGGAGCAGCAGUACACGGCCUACCUAUCCAUCCUCAACAGGAACUUCUCUGCUCAUCUGUCCUCCCACAACAGUCCUGCUUUCAAGAAAGAAGCCAAGGGAGUGCAGAACGUGGUACAGAAGAUAAUGAAAUGCUCAAGUCUGUCUCGAUACUUUAACUACACCACCGUGUUCGCCUUUGGAGAGGGAAGUGUCGUGGCUCACUUCUGGAUCGUGCUGUCCAUACCCAGUAGUCAUGUCAGGAGAAUGACCCUGGAGAUGGUCACCAGGAGCCUGGAGGAGGGUCUGAAGGGGUACAGAGGGUCAGAGGUGGAAGAGACAGCCCGCGUUGAUGGAUACCUCUUCCACCUCCCCACACUAUCUGUCAGUGAAACCGACCCCAAAGUUAUAGAACUUUUGAAAGCCUCCUUUGACUGUUACAGCUACCAGAAGGUGGUGUCCAGCAGCCCUGUGGCCCUCCAUGGCCCCAACACACAGCGCUCCUCCUGCCUGUGGCACCUCCAGGCUGCCCCCGGGGCCCAGCUGGAGCUCCACAUGGAGUGGCUGUUGCCGGAGUGCCGAGACCGGCUGGUGGUGUACAACUCCCUCACCCCCUCCGAUAAUCAGCUCAUCACAUCAGUUUACGGCUGCAGCAGACAUGAGCAUGUGGUCCGCGUCCUGUCGUCAGGAGAGUGGAUGACAGUGAUUUGGAAACAGGGUCUCUACAACUACAAGGACCCUUUUUCUUUGUCUGCGCAGGCCUGGGAUCAUCAAGAGUGUAAUUCCAGCAUACAGGUAAAGGCAGUAUCGGGUGUUCAGGGGACACUAAGGACACCUUUCUUUCCCAGCUACUACCCUCCAAACACCAACUGUACCUGGAGCUUCAUUAUGCCUAGUGCAGGGAUGGGCUUGUCCCUGGAGUUUGAGGGCUAUGAGUUGAGCAGAGCCAGCUACAACCAGGCCUGCACCCAGGGACAGUGGAUCAUCCAGAACCGCAGACUGUGUGGUACCAGAAGCCUGCAGCCCUACAACGAGCGCCUCUUCCUGCUCUCUGUGACGGCCACAGUUGUCAUGACAUCCGAGGUGUCGCUCACAGGGCCGGGCCUCCAGCUGCACUACAGCGCCUUCAACCUGUCAGAUCCUUGUCCAGGUCAGUUCUUGUGCAGUGUGAAUGGCCUCUGUGUUCCUGUCUGUGAUGGAAUCAAAGACUGUCCCAACGGACUUGAUGAGAGGAACUGUGUGUGUGCAGCACAGUUCAAAUGUCCAGAGGACAGUCAGUGUGUGGACUACUACAAAGUGUGCGACCAACAUCCAGACUGCCCUAAAGCCACAGAUGAGAUGAACUGUACUGAGGGUGUGCAGUGUACAGAUAUGACUUAUGUGUGUGCUGAUGGGACGUGUCUGAAGAAGCCGAACCCCGAGUGUGACUCUGUUACUGACUGCCCCGAUGCCUCUGACGAGAAACAGUGCGACUGCGGCCUGAGGCAGUUUUCCAGCCGUAUCGUUGGGGGUACCAGCGCCACUGAGGGGGAGUGGCCAUGGCAGGCCAGUCUGCAGGUGAAGGGCACCCACAUCUGUGGUGGUGCGCUGAUCUCCAACCAGUGGGUGGUUUCUGCCGCCCACUGUUUCUAUGACGACCGCCUCUACUCCCCCUCAGUGUGGACAGUCUACUUGGGUAAACUCCUGCUCAACCGCAGCAGUCCCACAGAGGAGGUGGCGCGAGUUCAACGCAUCCAUCUUCAUCACUACUACGACGACGAGUCCCACGACUACGACCUGGCUCUGCUGAAGCUGGAUCGGCCCGCCUCUGUGCUGCUGGCUGGACAUGCUCGACCUGCCUGCUUGCCCCCGCCCACCCACCAGCUGGAGCCAGGCCUGCUCUGCUGGGUCACCGGCUGGGGAGCGCUCCGCGAAGGAGGUGCUGCCAGUGAUGUGCUUCAGAAAGUGGAUGUUCGUCUGGUCAGUGAAGAAGCCUGUGUUCGCUCUUAUGGCCACCUGGUCACUCCCAGAAUGCUUUGUGCUGGUUAUCGCAGUGGAGAGAAAGAUGCCUGUCAGGGAGACUCAGGUGGUCCGUUGGUUUGUCAGGAGCCGUCAGGUCGCUGGUUCCUGGCCGGGGUGGUGAGCUGGGGCAAAGGCUGCGGGCGUCCAGACUACUACGGCGUCUACACCCGCAUCACCAGGCUCACAAACUGGAUGAAGCAGAUCAUCAGCAGCCCCUGAGUCACUGAGAAUCUUCAUCAUCCUCCCAUCAAUGACCCGAAGCUCUUUGCAAUUAAAACAUCAGCCACACAAUGACACCUGGUGCCAGAUUUCAGAUUGCUUCUCCUCCAAAUAGCAGAAUGGUGAAAUGUGAAAGGCUUUAUGAAAUCGGUUUUAUGUGACACCUCACAGGACUAAUUUGAAGUGUUUAUCAAUUGCAUCCAGCAUGCAGUAAAAACACGCCAAACAGCAAAAAUGAAAUAAAAUUAUUUUAAAAAGCAGGAUUGAAACAUAAUAGUGUCAAUUAUAAGAAGUUUGAAGUACUUUUAAACCCAUCCAUUGGUUGAACAAUUACUGUGUAACAGAUUUUUAUUUUUUUGUUAUUUGAGAAAUAUCAAGCUUAAAGCUUAAAGGCCUAAUUCCAUUUUUUGUUAUAUGCUCUGUGUUUGCAUGUCUGCCUGGUUGAUAUGAAAUACAAGCCAAGUGUAGAGUGAU